AUGAUCCCCCUUCGAGCGAACAAAUCCAUUCGAGGCUGGCUAGUCGCCCUCGUUCGAACCACGAAGCCCUCCGCAACAGAUACGGCCCGAAUGGUUACAGAGGCAUACGAGCAAGUCGUUUACCCGAGAUCAGCACUCAAGUCCGAAAAACAAGUCCUGACCUUCCUAAACGACUGGGAGAGGGUGAUGGCAGAUGCCACCUAUCACAACAUACCACACGUGAUCGAACCUAUGUUCUGGAUCAAAGAUUUUGCUGUUGCAAUCCAGGGUUACGCACCAACCUUUGCAGACAGGCUCUAUCUAGACUAUGUCUAUAAUCAUAUGGGAGCACCUGAUUAUCUUGAGAUCAGCCGACGUUUCCAGGCCUGGAUCGCGCUCCAAGCAGCUGGCAGCCGAGCAGGCGCCAGAAGAAUCCAGAGAGGAACUGCCUUGCAAGCCGAACAGCCUCAAUUCGCGGGAGACCGGAGUCCUUCUACAGAGGAUUUUCCAGCUGAUCCAGCAUCCAAUCAGAGGCAGCAAUCCAGAAAACGGGGACAGGCAGAUACUGGUUCUGGAGGUCAUCCGAAUCAGAAGCCUAGACCCCCCACGAGGAAGGCCAUCCAAGUGUUUGGCAAGAAGAUAAAGGAGAAUUUAGACUUCGUAAAGGAGGUAAUGAAGCUCAGAGACGAGCAUUUCGCGAAGAUGGCGAACGAGCAGCAGGCAGGAGACCAACACCAGAAGUUUGAAGAUCGAGCUUAUUCGUCCAUCCUUGACUCAGGGUCUACUCUUCACGUAUUUAAUGAUCUCAGCCAAUUUGAGAGCUUCAGGAAGGCUCCGCGAGGCCACUUUGUUGUAGCUGGCAACAGUGAGAUCCCCAUUCUGGGAUACGGUGAAUGUGCAGAUUUCGCUUGCAAUAUUAUCUCUUAUGACCUCCUGAAGAAACGAGGGUACUACUGGGAUACCAGGAAGAACACCAUCAACCGCAAAGACGGCUCCAUCUUGGGAGAACUCUCCAAAAUCUAUGGACAGCGAAUAGUCGAAUACAACCCUUCUCCCAUAUACGAAGCAGCAUUUCCUGCUGCUGCAAGACGCCUUCGAAGGCGAACAACUGCUACGAGACCAAAUUUCAAGGGUACGGCACUCCAAUGGCACCUUCGAAUGGGGCAUAUCGGCCCUGAGCCUUUGAGGCAGCUCGGAUUACAGUGCCGAGGCACUUCCUUGAGAGGCCCUCAAACACAUGAGUACGAAGAGUGUGCGCGCGCCAAAGCAUAUGAGCUGCCCUCACGCAGAAAUCCAGAUCUUAAGGCUACAAAAGCCUUCUACCACAUGAACAUCUACUGGGAAGAGGUUAAAGAAGGUUACAACGGCGUAACGAGGAUAAUGACUGCUGUUUGUAAGGCAACAGGUCUCGCGAUCCCCUACUUUUGCUACGGAAAAACAACAGAAGAGAAUGUCGCCAACGUUCAAGAUCUAAUCAACUUUGCAAAGCGGCAUCAGUUCGAGAUCUGUAUCAUCAGAGCAGACAACGAGUUCUUCACCGCGAUGAUGGAGGAUUUACUAUACAAAGAAGGGAUCAUCCCAGAGCCCUCUGCUCCUCACACCCAAGCACAGACCGGGCGCGCCGAGAAGCAAGGUCACGUUGGUGUACAAAAGGCCAGGGCUAUGAAAGGCAAGUUGCCGUAUAACUUGUGGCCUGUUAUUGUGGAUGCUGCCUUUUAUCUGUAUAAUUGCACUCCUCGCGCCAUUUCGAAAUAA